AACCUUCAUUGCCCUUUUUCACGAUCUCUCUCUGUCUCUGUAUAUGCUUAGAUUUUUUUAAUUUAUUUUUGUGGGAGAGCUCUAAGUCUCAUGAACACCUAGCAUACUACUAUAUUCAUUCUUAUUGUCUCUGUUCAGUUACCCCACAGAGAAAAGUUGUGACUGAAUCUGAAUGGGUUAUCUUCAAUAUGGAAGACUUGGUGUUAGGCAGAUCAUCAGAUUUAGAGAUUCCAGUUCUAAUAGUGCUGUCGUAAACCCACUUCUGUAUGCGUCUCAAGGACUUCGAUACAACAGGAAGCUCCAAGUCAUCCUUACAACUGACAUAGAUAAGCUUGGAAAGGCAGGCGAUACGGUCAAGGUUGCUCCUGGAUAUUUUCGCAACCACCUAAUGCCCAAGCUCCUCGCUGUCCCUAACAUUGAUAAGUUUGCUUAUCUCCUCACUGAGCAGCGCAAGAUUUAUCAACCUACUGAAGAAGAAAAACAAGAAGACGUUACUGUAGUUAAAGAGUCAAAGGAAGAUCUGAUGAAAGAGUAUGAAGCAGCCGCACUUCGUCUUGAUAAGGCUAAGCUGGUCUUGCGGAGGUUAAUUGAUGUUAAAAAAGCUAAGGCACGUGCAUCAAAAGAUGAACCCUUGGAAAUACGAUUACCUGUGACAAAAGAAGUACUUGUGGCUGAGGUGGCAAGACAACUCUGUGUAAACAUUGCACCUGAAAACCUGCAUCUUCCAUCACCAUUAUCUACCGUGGGAGAAUAUGAGGUUCCACUGCGUUUACCCAGGUCCAUCCCUUUGCCUGAGGGCAAGGUUAACUGGAGUUUGCAAGUUAAAGUCCGGAGUAAAUAAUCACAAAGCCUUGUUGAAACUAAAGUUUAUCAGGAUGAAGGUUUUGGUUCAUUUAUACUGAUAAAUUGAACCCAGGGGAUUCUAGAAUUGCAAUCUUCCUAGUCAAAUUUUUCAUCUGACUUACAAUUGAUUUUGUUUAUGUAUUAGUCUUCUGGUCUUCAAUAAGUACCCUUUUCAUUUAUUUACCUUCAUUUUGAGACUCAUGAACCAACUUGCAAUUUACUCCCUUUGAAGAUGUAAAAUGCAUUUUACAA